AUGCUUACUUUCGUUCUGUUCAUUUAUAUGUCAGAAGAAGCAUUUGCAGAAAAAGAUUCGCAUGAGUGGGGCUACGUGGACCGAACAUCAUGGAAAGGAACUUGUAAACAAGGAAAAUGGCAAUCGCCAAUAGAUUUGGAUAUAGGCGAAGCUAUUGUGGUAAACUGGGAACCACUGAAAUUUCACAAUUAUGAUAGCAGAGGUGAUAUUGUGGCCGAGAACAAUGGGCAUACAGAGUUGGUGCAAGGAUUCCAAUCUUGGACGAAAAGACCGUACAUAACAGGAGGCAACCUUAAAGGAAAGUACUAUCUCCAGCAAUUUCACUUCCACUGGGACGGAAAUGAUCGUUUCGGAAGCGAGCACACGCUCAAUGGAUUGCACUAUCCCAUGGAAGUUCACUUCGUGCAUAUCAGAGAGGGUUUGAAUGAGACAAACGCACAUCAUGUUGUUGGAGGCGUGGCCGUUAUAGGUGUUCAAUUCCAACUUGCCGUACAAGGAGAAGCACUAUUCGAUCUCGAGAAAGUCACGGAGGCCACCAAUUCAUCAGGUUCUUUAACAACGCCUCCUUGCAGUGAAGGUGUGAUUUGGACAAUUUUAACACAUCCGAAUUUUGUGACAGACAUUCAACUUCGCAUCCUACGAAGACAUCUGAAGGAAGAUGGUUCGCUUCUGAUCGAAAAUUGGCGAAGUGUUCAACCAAUGAACGGUCGGACACUUUACCUCAACAAAGGAACCGUGAAACAAAAUGGAUUGGACACAGCCCAGUUAUGGGACAUGAGCUCUAAAAUAAUGCCAGUUCUGUUAAUAUGUGUUGUUGUAAUAGUUGUUAUUGUGUAA